CGCCAUUCUCUCUCAGACCAACCACACACCUACAUCGCAGCAAAGAAUGGAAAAGCAACCACAAGGAGGCAUCCGAAGGGUGACAACCACCCAAGACAAGGCGGGGCUCGCUAUUGUCGAGCACGACGACGAGUGCGAGCUGCUCGACGUCACGCCCGAGCACGCCACAUUCGCUGUCGUCUGGAGCUCGGACAAGUCGCCAGCAGACAACGCAGACCCCCGUGACGGCGCAAAGCAGCCCGUCUGGUCUGGUCAGCUGCACAACCCUGAGGGCUCGGUCCUGCGCUUCGUCGACUUUCCCCCGCACUGCAAGUCGCCGAUGCACAAGACCCAGUCGCUCGACUACGGCAUCGUCAUGUGGGGCGAGAUCGAAUUGCACCUCGACGGUGGCGAGAAGCGGACGCUCAAGCAGAGCGAAGUCAUCGUCCAGCGCGGCACCAACCACCUGUGGGCCAACACGACUGACAAGUGGACGCGGGUUGCCUUUGUCCUGCUGGGCGCCAAGUAGCCGUCUCUCCUGUAGAAUAAAUUGGGCC